AUGGAUGAGACAGCUGCGAAAGCCCCUAUCAACCACAUCGAGUCCAAGGCUGAAUAUGUUGAGGCGAAUCUGCGGAAUGACAAAGCCAAUAAGAUCUUGAUUGAAUCGGGACAACGUGCCGUCCUUACACCAGAAAACAACAAAAUGGUCUUAAGGAAGAUUGAUCUUUUUGUCCUGCCAGUCGUGCUUGGGACAUAUUUCCUGCAGGCUUUGGAUAAAGCGACCCUCGCAUACGCCUCCGUGUUCGGCUUGGUGGAAGAAACCAACCUCGUGGGCCACCAAUACUCUUGGUUGGGCGCUGUUGUGUAUCUGGCACAGCUCGUGGCGCAGCCACUGAUUGCAUACCUCCUGGUAAAGUUACCACUCGGAAAGUUCCUGGCAGCGAUUGUUCUGCUCUGGGGCAUUUCGCUGUCCGUUAUGCCGGCGGCCCACGAUUUCGGCGGCUUGCUCGCCUGCCGUUUAUUCCUGGGGUUGUUCGAAGCAGGAGUCGCUCCUGCAUUCAUUGCUCUCACUCAGAUGUGGUGGCGCCGACGUGAACAACCAGUGAGGCUUGGUGCCUGGUAUGCUAUGAACGGUAUUACGAACAUCUUUGGCUCCUUAUUGACCUGGGGAAUUGGCCAUAUCCACUCCGACAGUCUCUCAUCGUAUCAGAUCAUAUUCCUCUUUUUCGGCUUGAUAACAGUGGUCUACUCUGCCCUGGUCUGGUGGUUUCUCCCCGAUUCUCCCGUGACGGCGCGAUUUUUCAAGGGAGACGAAAAAUUGGUGGCAAUCGAAAGAAUGCGAGCCAAUAACCAAGGUAUUGAAAGCAACGAAUGGAAAUGGGCUCAUGUCAAGGAAGCCGCCUUGGACGUCAAGACUUGGUUAUGGGCUGCAAUGAUGUUCUCCAUCUCAGUCCCGUCAGGCGGUAUUAGCACAUUCGGACCGCUCAUUGUCAAAAACUUUGGUUUUGAUCAGUUCGAGACCAUUCUGCUCAACAUGCCGUUCGGAGCUGUACAGCUGAUCGCAACGAUGGGAGGAGCGUGGCUCGCAACCGUGCUAAAAAUGAAAUCACCUGUAUUGGCUUUUCUCAGCCUUCCACCCAUUGCCGGGUGUGUCAUGUUGCUAUACCUGCCACGAGAUGCAUCGGCCAAAGCGCCCUUAUUGGUCGCAUACUAUAUGAUCUCUGUUUACCCUGGAAUCACGCCAUUAAUCUACUCCUGGAGUGCCGGAAACACCGCUGGGGAGACCAAGAAAAAGGUCACAACCGGUGUGCUCUUUGUUUUCCAGUGUGCUGGGAACGUGCUUGGUCCAAAUCUCUACACGACUGGAGAAGCUCCUCUCUACCAUAGAGGAUUGUUGUCCAACCUCGCUCUUUUCGUCGUGCUCAUUGCCCUCUACGCGGCACAAGUCUUCUACUUGAUGAUCCUCAACAAGAAGCAUGGAAAGAGAAGAGAAAGUAUGGGAAAACGAGCCGUCCCGGUUGACAAGUCAAUGAAGAGAGUCAAAGCGGAGACAGGCCCACAUGAUGGUGAGCAGAACGAUGAUGAUUUGGGGCAACAUGCCUUUGAGGAUAAGACAGACUGGGAAAACGAAGAUUUCAUCUUCGUGUAUUAG